AUGUCCUACCUCCUCCGACACGGUGCCUUGCUAGAAGGUAUGCCUAUGCGUUCAGACGGGUAUGUGCGUGUCACGGACCUUUUGAAACACCCAAUGCUCAAAAGCGUUGAUUUUAUGACCUUGGAGCGGGUAGUCAAAGAGGAUGCGAAGGGGAGAUAUCAUCUUAUGCUUGACCCCACAGUGGAUAAAGUGACCACGGACUCACUGUCGGUAGAGCAUUGGUGGAUCAGCGCGACGCAGGGCCAUUCAGUAUCGACGGUACAACUUGACCUGGAGCCUAUACUGUCAGCCGCGAAUAUCCCCAUGGCUAUACAUGGUACUACAGAGAAGGCCUGGAAAACAAUAGCCGUCCAUGGUAUCUCACGCAUGACGCGCAACCACAUCCACCUCGCCCAAGGGUUCGAUACGGACGGCGUUGUCAGCGGCAUAAGGGAUUCAUCAAGAAUACUCAUCUACAUCGACAUCGCGAAAGCUCUGGAGGCGGGAAUCAAGUUUUAUCUCUCGAAGAAUGGUGUGGUACUGACUCCGGGGAAUGAGAGUGGUUAUCUUGAACCAUUGUUCUUCCAUAAAGUUGAGCGGGUGGGGAGGAAGUUCGUCCAACUGCCGUUAGAUUCGCCAGGUUCCUAG